CGUGAUCUUGACCAACACGUUUGGAUUCAAGGGAAAAGCCUUACAACUAAAUCCAGCCUCUGAGCUCUAAUUGCCUAAAAGGUUUCAUCUGCAGUCUCCAACCCGGCAAUCUUGGAAACAGUAUCACACUUUUUUUUUUUUCAUUUAUUUAUUUUUUUAUUUUCCUCCCACUCUCGGGAUUUAACCUUCGCCCAGUCCGCGGCUUCGCCCCCCUCCUCUUCAGAAAGAGGGUGUAUAGUUAAAGUUGGCCCGGAGAUGUGGUCCUUUCUCCCGCUUACUCUGUAUUGCAUCAGCCUGCUUUCCCUCCAGCAGCUGCUGGCUUUGCCGGUUGAGGAGCGUCCAUACAGGUUGGAUGUACUCAACAAACUCAUUGUCCAGAAAGAUGAUAACCCUCCUGCUACAGAAAGCCAGACUAACAGCAUGGUCCCAUCUUCAUCCCUGACCCAACCCCCAAAAUGGCUGCCUGGAUUCCUGAGACACCCACCGGCAUCAGGAGCGAGAACAGCCUCUCUUGCCCUGGCAUGGGCACGACCCACUGAGGCCUUCCAGGUUGAGCGAAGGGCACUGAGAACUCGUCGCCAUGCUCACUCACGAGGGAGUCACCACGCCAAACUGAUGCGGGUGGGAUGUGUCCUAGGAACCUGCCAGGUGCAGAACCUCAGCCACAGACUCUAUCAGCUCAUUGGCCAGAGCGGCAGAGAAGACUCUUCCCCCAUUAACCCUAAGAGCCCCCAUAGUUAUGGAUAAGUUAGAUAAAACCUCCAAACAGCCGCAGCAAGUCUAUAGCUCCAUUUAUUUAUCUCUUAAUGUAUUACUGAUAGUCAUUGCAUUAGAGUUCGAUGUAGUCCAUAACUUUUAUUAUACCUGCCUUAGAUGACUGAUGCUUCUACUUUUUGUGCACAAUAUACAGAUUUGAAAGUUUAAAUCAGGACUGAUAGAAUCUUGUUUGAACCCCCUGAACUGAUUCCUCCCACCAACAUGAGAAAGUUUGCCUUUUGAGGGUCAGUCAAGUCUUUCUGAAUCUUCCUCUUGAACAUUCAAAAGAAGCCAAGAGGCCUCGGGCUGACGUUUAAAUCCUGUUAAUGUAAGAAUGAAGGCUUGUCUUCAACACCAUCCAGUGGCCCGGUCCAGUCUGCCAGCUGACCUCUCCAGCGGUGGUUAUCCUGCCGCUCACUGAUCAAACACUUAAGCCACUAAUGUGGAUUUCAAGCUGCACCGUGAGCUGGAGCCCUGUCAAAACCAAUGUAUUCCUAAAGAACUUGUAAGCGACCCAAUGAACCCUUUUACCUCUUUUCCGUGGCCCCCUUUGUAUUAAUUUUGGAGCUCACAUGCAAUUUCAGUAUGAACACUGUUACCCCUGGAGUACACCACAAGUGUCUGGUUGAACUGUGAAUUCUUCAUUUAGCAGGACUUUACCACAGAAUAAAAAGAAGAGGGUCAGCAUCUGUUGCUUUGGAUGGAAUGCAAACAGAAACCGAAUCCCCUAAGGAUCGGUUUCAAUUCUGAGUUACAGUGGCUGCUCGGCUAUCACAGUAGGCGGCAAAAUGAACCUUGGAGCCAUGGAUCAGUGCUCUGUUGCUCUGCUGCUGGCAUUUUCACCGCUGGAAGCCAAGUCUGAAAUAUUAGCCUUUUCACGUGAUUCAUAAGUUCCCCGUGCAAGUCAGGACUCUGGACUGACAGCAGCUUAAUAAACCUAAUUGAUUCAGUCAUAGUGCAGUGGCUAGGUGGGGGCUGAGGGGCUUUCAGAGUUUCCCACUGUCUGCAGCAUAAAUACAAGAUAUGGACACAUGCAUGAAGGGUUGAUUCACUGAAAAUGAUUAAAAAAAUACUCCCAUGUUCCCAUAUUUACAGCUUUGCCUUGCAGUUUUUACAGAGUAAAAUGGGCUCUCAAUCUGAAACAAGAAGCAACUGUUAAACUUUUUUCAGUGUAGUCGGUGCCACAAUGUUCCCGUUCACCUCAGUGCUGAAAUCUUGUAGAUUGUAGAUCAGUUAAAAGAAAUAAAACCUUGCAUGCUUUUGGUUGAACUGAACUAAAAAAAAAAAAAAAAAAAAAUUAAUUUGACAUUAUAAUUACAACACUUGAUGUUUUAUGCUUUGGGAGCAAUCAGGCAAAGCAGAUUGAAAAACCCUUUUCAAACUAAAAUGGACAAUUGAAUCAUGAGUCAUGAUUUUCUUUCCCCCCGUAUGUCAUUAAAGUGGAGGCCAAGAUGCAACCCUGCAAUCCCCCAGUAAUAAGUCAGAGCUUCAAUUGCAUCACAUUUGAUUUUGGAUUUUGUGAAAAAAGCUUUUUUUUUUUUUUAGGAAGACUGAAUAAGAAAAAGUCAACUGCAUGUUACAUUUGGCAAGACUUGUCAAAAUCUUCUGCUAACACCCUUACUAUAUGUGUAGUCUGCUAAAUGGGUUUAAAUUAGUCCCGGGAUGACUGCUAAAAGCUUUACUGCUACAGUGCUGGUUUGUAAUGAGAGACCACAGCAACCAAAAUUUUAGGUGUUAUAGUGCCCAGUUUCAAAUAUGUACACAGCAUCAAAAGCGCUUGUCCUGACAUUUCCCAUCAUUCUAUUUAUGGCCGUCUCCAAAGUGGUGGGCGGAUGGUGGACUGAAAAUAAAUGAGGUCAAAAUUAUAUUAAAAAAAAAAAAAGAAAAAUCUAUAAAACCCUGCAUUUUGGGUGAGAAACAUAUAGUUUUUUUAAUUUUUUGUUACACAUUUCUAAACAUGUGUUCCAGGCCUUUGAUGUAUGUUUGGCUACUCUUUAUGUUUUAGUGUUAUUUUUUAUAAUAAGGAUGCAGUCCACUGACAGAUUUUUAGUUAUUAUUGUUGGUCCUAUAACAGCAUUGGUUUAAAAGUCACCAAAUACCUGGUAAUACUUGACAAAUCGAGUGACUUUACAGUGUGUGAUCUACAUCUACAUGUUCUUUUAUAUCUUAAUGUCUUUUUCCUUUUUUAUAUAUUUGCAUUUAGUCUCUUUUUUUCCUGAUCUGUCUGUAAUCACAGGGGCUGUGAGGUCACAGGGUAAUAAUAAUAAUCAGUGAUCCACUGGUCUUAGAUUGUUCAAAAGCUUGCUGAGGUGCAACUCUCUCUGCUGUAAUGGAGCUAAUCAAUGUUUCGUGACAGAUCAUUAAAAGGCUUUUCUAAUGCUAAAAAAAACCCGGUUGAUUUCUCUACUUUUUAAAAAAGUCUCACACACACACACACACACACACAACACACACACACACACACACACACACACACACACACACACACACACACACACACACACACACACAUGAUCCUUGUGUGGGUAUGUGUUUGUGCUGCUAGCCUACUAGGAAACUUAUCUCCUGUGUUUGAUCUAUGCUCUGGAUCAUUGUGCUCCCAGUCUUUUCAUUUAUGUAGAAUGUUCUUGUGACAUCAGACGUUGCUUCGUGCAGAGCUGAUACCUCCUCACAGAACAUCCAGAGCCAAACGCGCAGGACUGAGUUUAGCAGUGUUGCUGUUAGCUCUGUUAGAUACAGGCACAUCUGAGCUGGGUUUGUUUUUGCUCAUUUUCCAUCUGAGAGUUACUUGAUCUUCUUCAGGAUCACAAGAAAGCACUUUAAUGCAAGCAUGUUUGUGGAUAGCUUGUCACAGUUUUAAUUUCACUCAUUGUUAUGAACUUGUGAAAAACAGAUUACUCUUGUAAAUGUUGCUUUUGAGAUUGUCUGCGAAUGUGUUUCAGUGCACUCCAUGUGGCGUCACUGUGAACAUCGUGGGCACCUGUGAAUAUAUAUUUAUAUAUAUAUAAAAUCAGCCAAAGUAUUUAAAAAAGUUAUGUAUUUAAGUUAUCUUUGUGAGUUAAUAUCUGUAUGUCACCAAAGACUGUUUAUCUCAUCUUUUCCACUGCUGCUUAAAUAUGGUAGGAAAGGAAGUCUUAACUGUAGUUAAAAUGUUACUGUUUGUUUGAUUCUGUAAAAUAAAGAGGUGUGCUGUA